GAACAGAAGGGACAGAGCCAACACUCAAGCAUAGCUUGAAUGGAAAAGUCCUACCUUGCUGUACGAAUGACACAUCCAAUGAUGAUAAAAUGGUUGGGCCUGACACUUGUGCUCCUGCAUGCUGGGGGCCAUGUGCAAGCUACCAGUGAUCAAUGCUGGACUUCAUGGUUUGAUCGAGACGACCCUUCUGGUACUGGAGACUAUGAAAUUCUUUAUGAAUUGUACAAAGAAUAUCCAGGGAAGAUAUGUGAACAUCCAAAAGGAAUUGAAGCUAGAACCAUAUUAGGAGAAAGUGUUGGGUCAACAGCCAAUGUGAUUCAAGUAUCUGACACACACACUGGAUUGAUUUGUAGGAACGCUGACCAGCCAGACAAUUGGCCUUGUCAAGAUUAUAAAGUUCGUUUCUUGUGCCCCCUCGAAUUUUGCAAACCAGCAGAAUGCUGGACUCCAUGGUUUGAUCGAGACGACCCUUCUGGUACUGGAGACUAUGAAACUCUUUAUGAAUUGCACAAAGAAUAUCCAGGGAAGAUAUGUGAACGUCCAAGUAGAAUUGAGGUUCUAACGACAUCUGGAGCCAGUGUUGAAUCAACAGGCAAUGCCAUUCAAGUAUCUGACACACACACUGGAUUUAUUUGUCAAAACACUGACCAGCCUUGUGCAGACUAUAAAGUCCGUUUCAUGUGCCCCCUUGAAUUCUCCAAACCAUCAGAAUGCUGGACUCCAUGGAUUAAUCGAGACAGCCCUGGUGGUUCUGGAGACUAUGAAACUCUUCCUAGCCUGCUCAAAGAAUAUCCAGACAAGAUAUGUGAAUAUCCAACUGGAAUUGAGGCCAGAACCGUAUCAGGAGCCAGUGUUGAGUCAACAGGCAAUGCAAUUCAUGCAUCUGACACACGCACUGGAUUUAUUUGUAGAAAUGUUGACCAGCCUUACAAUGGGCUUUGUGCAGAUUAUGAAGUUCGUUUCUCGUGCCCCCUUGAUUUUUGCAGACCAGCAGAAUGCUGGACUCCAUGGAUGAAUCGAGACAGCCCUGGUGGUUUUGGAGACUAUGAAACUCUUUCCGACCUGCAAAAAGAAAAUCCAGGGAAGAUAUGUAAACAUCCAAUUGGAAUUGAGGCCAGGACCGUAUCAGGAGCCAGUGUUGAGUCAACAGGCAAUGUGAUUCAAGUAUCUGACACACGCACUGGAUUUAUUUGUAGAAAUGUUGACCAGCCUUACCAUGGGCUUUGUGCAGAUCAUGAAGUUCGUUUCUCGUGCCCCCUUGAAUUCUGUGAACAUAAAGUGUGCACGACAUCAUGGUUUAAUCAAGACAAACCCAGUGGCACUGGAGAUUAUGAGAUACUUGAUAAAAUCUAUGCUGAAAACCCAGGUGAAAUGUGUCGUCUUCCACUUGCCAUUGAGGCCCAAACUGUAGAUGGAAAGCCUUCCACUUCAACAGGGGACACCAUUGCCGUAGUGGAUAACAAGACUGGGCUCAUCUGUAGAAAUUCUGACCAGAUGAAUGGACGGUGCUCUGAUUAUAAAGUUCGUUUCUUAUGUCCCGUUGAUUUCUGCAGAACAAAGGACUAAUCAUGUGAAAUAAAAAAAAAUUAAAGCAAUCA